CGCCUAUUUUGACAAAUCUUUCAUACGUCAAAAGUCGAGUUGAAAUGUGUGGAGUUCAGUUUUGCUAUUAAUUUAAAUUAAUACUUCCUCAGUGUAUAAGUUCCUACAAUUUUGAAAAUAUGUUCUCUAAUACUGCAGUCUUAUGUUUAAUUUACUUUACCUCAGCCCUGGUUCUAACACUAGCCGGUCGCGACUUUUAUCUUAUAUUAGGUGUUUCGCGUUCAGCAAGUACGAAUGAAAUUAAAAAAGCUUACAGAAAAUUAGCAAAAGCUCUACAUCCAGAUAAAAACCAAGACGACCCUGAUGCUUCACAGAAAUUUCAAGAUCUUGGUGCCGCAUAUGAAGCUCUUUCCGACUCUGAAAAACGCGAGCUGUAUGAUCGUUGUGGUGAAGACUGUCUCAAAAAAGAUGGCAUGAUGAACAAUAAUGAUCCCUUCGCAAGUUUCUUUGGUGAUUUUGGAUUUCAUUUUGGUGGUGAACCUCAACAACAUGAAACUCCAAGAGGGGCGGAUGUUGUGAUGGAACUAACAGUUUCAUUAGAAGAACUUUAUAAUGGUAACUUUAUAGAAAUAACUCGCAAUAAACCAGUCAUCAAACCGUCUUCGGGCACAAGAAAAUGUAAUUGCAGACAAGAAAUGGUGACUCGCAAUCUUGGACCAGGGCGCUUUCAAAUGAUGCAGCAGACUGUUUGUGAUGAAUGUCCAAACGUAAAGUUUGUUAAUGAAGAAAGAUUAUUAGAAAUCGAGGUAGAAGUUGGGGCUCCCGACGGUCACAAAUCUAGGUUAAGAGGGGAAGGUGAACCCCAUGUAGAUGGAGAGCCUGGAGAUCUAGUCAUUGUUUUCAGAACUGAAAGACAUCCACAGUUCACACGAAGAGGUGAUGAUCUGUAUACUAAUGUCACUAUAUCAUUACAGGAUGCAUUGACAGGUUUCACACUUGACUUGAUGCACUUAGAUGGACAUAAAGUAACAGUUUCUCGGGAUAAAGUCACAUGGGCAGGUGCACGUGUUCGUAAGAAGGGUGAAGGCAUGCCUAAUUUCGAAAAUAAUAACCUCCACGGUAAUUUAUAUGUCACAUUUGAUAUUGAUUUCCCUAAACAAGACUUUACCGAUGAAGAUAAAGAAGCAUUGCGGAAAAUACUCAAACAGUCACCAAAUAAUAAAAUAUACAAUGGACUAUAGUGCACAUUGCCAGAUAAUUUAUUUUAAGUAGUGAAUUUGAGUAAUGCGAUAUGAACAAAUGUUUGUGUGAUUCCAGGAUUUACAAGUUACAUGUG